ACAAAAAAUAAAGGAGAAUGUCGACUGUGCGCACACCUUUCAGACGAUUCUCAAAGCAGACACCAGACACUACGGAUGGUAUAUAACCGGCUAAAAAUCAAUUUGCGAUUUCAGUCUAAUCAACGUACUCCAACCCGGCACAAGCUUUUUUUUUUAAAUACCUUGAAAAAAAAAGAUACUUUCGUUUUAUAUAAAAAAAAUAUCUAUCUUUUUUGUGUAAAAGUGAAUUUAAGAAAAAUAAACAACAAGAACUUCAAAAGGAUUAUUAAAGAAGUUAUAAAAGUGCAUCCCUAAGACAAUAAAUUCAAAAACUAGAAAAAAUCGAAAAAAAACGCAACUUUAAAUGUGAAUAUCUCAAAAACUAUCAAAGUGAUUUCGACAUACUAAACACUAAAAUGUGAAUGCUUUCUAAACGGAUUGCACCAUAUUCACACAAAAACAAAAAACUCGAAAAAAUAACCGUUAAACUCCUUGUUGGUGUCGCGGCCUUAUAAAAAAAAAACUAUCUUUUUUAUAAAAUUAAAAAUUAUAUCUCUACAUAAACGGAUUACGCGCAUAAAAGAUACCCAACAUACAAAAGAUACUUAUAAAGCUAUCCCAGGUAUCUGCUUAUUCACAAAAAAAAAAAAAAGAUACUCGUUACUUCGCGCACAGAAACAACAAUUGAAAAGUGAAAGUGAAAUUUCUUCUAUUACACGAUCACACGAAGAAAAUUACAUCGCCAGCUCGUCUCGCGUCUGUCUCUUUGGAACCUCCUAACCGUUCGCUCCGUUUGUGGUUUCAAGAGCACAACAAACUAGUAUCCAGUAUCUCUUGUUUGUUGAACUUCAAAGAUACUUUUGUUAUUUCCUUCAGUGGCAUAGUAGUAUUAUAAACUGUGAAUUUGCCCCCCAAACUUGGUGUUAUUACUUUUUAUUUUAUUACAAUUUUUUUUUUGUAUUUGUUGUUGUUGUCUUUUGAAAGAAAGGUAAAAUAAAAAAAAAAACCAUGUCCAAGUGUAGAGAAUACGAUGAAAAUGAUUCAAGCGUGAUGUAUUGCGGUAAUGUGGCGGUAAAAGAAAGUGAAAGUGAUGCAAGUACAAGCAGCAAAUUAUUAUCAUCUGAGACAUCUGGUAUCAUGAUGAUGACAGAAAACGGAGAAGAAAAGGGUAAUAAUUCCACUGCCUUAUCGACACAAGCAAUUGUACCGAUUUCAUCAUCUUUGCCAUCAAAACUUUUACGUCUUCAAAUGCACCAACGUCAGCAGCCAGUGCAACAGAAUGUUAUUGCAGUUUCUCAAAAUGGAAUGCAAGUUUACACGAUUAGCAAUGAAUUGCAACAACAACAUCAUGAUGAUCAGCAACAACAACAGCUUCCAUCACUAAAACCGAAGCACGAUCGCCAACAUCACAAUCUUCUUAUUGAUCUUGGUAAUAGUGGCGAUUCAAUGGAAUCAGUGUCCGAAGAGGAAGAUGAGUUAAAACCGCUGCCCAAGGAACAACAACAACAACAAUCGCCAGUGUUAAAUGAAAUAACAAAUGAUCGUUUCCAUCAUCAUGGCUUGCAUCAUCAUCAUGCAAUGCCGCAUCAUUAUCUUCAAUAUCAUCUGCGUGAUGAUCAAACGUCAGCAUCGUCAAUGAACAGGCGCGGUUCAUUUGAAGGUAUCAAGACCGAAUCAAUGCAGGCCAAGGAUUAUCAUCAACAUCAUCAGAAUGGCAAUACUAAUGGCAACACUAACGGCAGCGGCCUUGACAAUGAACUUGGUGAGAAUCAAGUGAUUGAGAUUGAUAUGUUGGAUGCAUCGGAAAUACCUGAUGAUCAUUUGUCCGAAGAAAUUGUUGAACAAGUUGAAUUUUAUUUUUCAAAUGAUAGUAUUUUAAAGGAUGCAUUCUUAUUGAAACAUGUUCGUCGUAAUAAGGAAGGUUUUGUCAGUCUCAAAUUAGUAUCAAGUUUCAAGCGAGUUCGUCAACUGACCAAAGAUUGGAGAGUUGUCGGACAUGCAGUUCGUAGGAAAGGUAAACAUAUCGAACUUAACGAAGAAUGUACAAAAGUUCGUCGAAUUGAUCCUUUGCCAAGUUUUGAUGAAACUAUGCCAUCGAGGACAAUUGUAGCUUGCGAUCUUCCCAUGGAUAAAUUGAGUAUUGAAAAAGUCUCCGAUAUAUUUUCAAAAUGUGGAGAGAUUGCUCUUAUUCGUAUUCUUAAGCCUGGUAUGGCUAUUCCAGUUGAUGUUCGUCAAUUUAUGAAUAAAUACCCUGAAAUGCAACAGAAAGAAUGUGCUUUGGUAGAAUACAUCGAGUCAUCAGCUGCUAGGAAUGCCAAGAACCUUCCUGGAAACUUCCAGGUCUUCGAUAUGGUUGCCCCGAAGAAGAAGACCGGAAAGAAAGCUGUUGGUGGAGGAGGAUCAGGAGGAGCUCCAGUUGUUAAAAUGGUUGAAAAUUAUAAAAACUACAAUUACGAAAAUAACUUUGAACGAGCACGUGGAGGAAGUUUUAGCCUAAAUGUUUUACCCAAUGAAACUGAUUUACGAUUUAGAUUACGUCGAAAUCAUUCGGACUUCCAUGUCAAGGGUGACAGCUUACAUCAUCAUACGCAUGCGCAUAGUCAUCAUCAAACAGCACAACCGCAACAUCAGCUGGCACAACAACAACAAUAUGCACAUCACGCACUUAGUCAUUAUCAAAGUCUGUCGCGAAAUAACUCUUUGGAGAAUGGCAAUUCCACAGCUGCUCCGAAUAAUAUGAACUUUUAUGCGUCAUCACCACGUCGUUUUAAUAAUACUGCUGCCAAUGGAGAAAUAGUGGCACCAGUUAGACGGUAUUCAGCUUGUUCGAAUGAUGGUUAUUCGACUUGUUCGGAAAUAUCACGUCGUCCAUCGAACUGUUCGAUGGAGGGUACGGAUUUGAGACGUGAUUCGGGAUGUUCGGAGAAUUGUCCUUGUUCGAACAGUCGUCGUGGAUCACAGAAUGUUGAGCCUUAUCGUAAACUCUCUCACGGUUCGGACUCGGAUUGUAGUCAACGGAGAUUUUCGAAUGGAUCGUUCCCAUUCGAGAGAACUUAUUCGAAUGCUAGUAAUGAAAUGGUAGUGAUGCCUCGUCGUCAAUCGAAUGAUUAUAAUAACUUUAGUCGUAAGCCUUCGGCAGAUUCUCAAACAGGUAUGCUGAUCGAGAAUGAACACACUUAUCGCAGAUUUUCGAAUAACUUUGAUCCAAAAUGCAAAAUGGCUGGCUAUGAGUAUUACAAUGGUAGACGUAUAUCAACAGAUUCCGGUUAUGAUCGAAGAUGUUCAUUUGGAUCAGAUUUUGAAGGUUCACCAAGAUCGAGAACGGGUAGUUUUUUGAAUAAUUACAAAACUGGAGAAUUUGAAGGAACACCAAGGUCACGAACGGGUAGUUUUUUGAAUGCAACUCAUAAAGCUGAGAAUGUGGUGAGAACACCAAUUGGACCGGAUGGUAGUAAGGGAUUUGGAUCGAGGGCUAGGAAAUUUGGACAAACUGUGGCGCCUGUGAAUUGAGCACUGUAUGAGGAAGAGAUAUUGGAGAAAAUAUAUAA